UCACGGCCGUGCCGCCUCGCUCCUGCGCCUCUGUCGCGCCGUUCCCCUCCGUGGCGCUUGUGUGUGUCCCCGCGUGUCCAGGGCCUCUGUGCCAGGAAUCCCGUGAGUCCUGUGAGCGCUCUGGAGCUUUGGACAGAGAGGCAUUAAUGGUUCAUCGAGGGACAUUUGUACCUUUCUCUCAGAAAUUGCUUCAUUAUGCGAAAUCUAAAGUUGCUUCAGACUCUGGAGUUCAAGGAUAUUCAAGCUCCUGGGAAACCUCAGUACUUCUCGCUCCGAACUGAACAGAAUACAGUGCUCAUAGGUUCAGAAUGUGGACUGAUAGAAGUAGAUCCUAUCACAAGAGAAGUGAAAAAUGAAAUUUCUUUAGUGGCAGAAAGCUUUCUUCCAGAGGAUGGAAGUGGCUGCAUUGUUGGUAUUCAAGACUUGUUAGAUCAAGAGUCUGUGUGUGUGGCCACAGCCUCUGGAGAUGUCAUACUCUGCAAUCUCAGCACACACCAGCUGGAAUGUGUUGGGAGUGUGGCCACUGGCAUCUCUGUCAUGAGCUGGAGUCCUGACCAAGAGCUGGUGCUUCUUGCCACAGGGGCACCACCUGCUUUUGCUCCAUCAUGUCCCAGUCCACAGUUUGAAAGAAUGGAUACUCCUGAAUAUCAGCAAAACCCCUGUGAGGAUAACAACCCAGUCGUUCUUUUGGGUCCCUGUUCAGAAAACCCUCUAGGACACUUGCAGCUUGUACAGACAGAAAACGAGCAGACCCUGAUUAUGAUGACAAGAGACUUUGAACCAAUCAUGGAGCAGCCAGUCCACCAGGAUGAUUUUGGAGAAAGCAAAUUUGUCACUGUUGGAUGGGGCAAGAAGGAGACACAAUUCCAUGGAUCAGAAGGCAGGCAAGCAGCCUUUCAGAUGCAAAUGCAUGAGUCUGCUUUGCCCUGGGAUGACCAUAGACCACAAGUUUCCUGGCGUGGUGAUGGACAGUUUUUUGCUGUGAGUGUUGUUUGUCCAGAAACAGGAGCUCGGAAGGUCAGAGUAUGGAACCGAGAAUUUGCUUUGCAUUCAACCAGUGAGCCUGUGGCAGGACUGGGACCAGCCCUAGCCUGGAAACCCUCAGGCAGUUUGAUUGCUUCUACACAAGAUAAACCCAAUCAGCAAGAUGUUGUGUUUUUUGAGAAAAAUGGACUUCUUCAUGGUCACUUUAUGCUUCCCUUCCUCAAGGAUGAGGUUAAGGUAAAUGACUUGCUCUGGAAUGCAGAUUCCUCUGUGCUUGCUAUUUGGCUAGAAGACCUUCAGAGGGAAGAAAAUUCUGCUUUGAAAACCUAUGUUCAACUCUGGACUGUUGGAAACUAUCAUUGGUAUCUCAAACAAAGUCUGCCCUUCGAUACCAGUGCGAAGAGCAGGAUUGUGUCUCUGAUGUGGGACCCAGUGACUCCAUACCGGCUGCAUGUUCUCUGUCAGGGCUGGCAUUACCUCUGCUAUGAGUGGCACUGGAUGACUGAUCGGAGCUCGGGAGAUAAUUCAAGUGACUUGGCAAAUGUGGCUGUCAUUGAUGGAAAUAGGGUGUUGGUGACAGUGUUCCAGCAGACUGUGAUUCCGCCUCCCAUGUGCACGUACUACCUGCUGCUUCCACAUCCAGUAACUCAAGUCACAUUCUCUGCACACUCUAAAAAAAGCAAUGACCUUGCUGUGUUAGAUGCCAGUAACCAGAUUUCCGUCUAUAAAUGCGGUGAUAGUCCAAGUGUGGACCCCACAGUGAAACUGGGAGCUGUGGGUGGAAAUGGAUUUAAAGUUCCUCUUAAAACACCUCAUCUGGAAAAGAGAUACAUAAUUCAGUUUGAGAAUGAUGAAGAUAAAGAAGUAAACCCACUGAAGCUCACCCUUCUCACCUGGAUUGAAGAAGACAGUUUCCUGGCUGUAAGCCACAGUCAGUUCAGCCCACAGUCUACUGUUCACCGUUUGACUAUAGCUUCUUCUGAGGCAGCUGAGGAGCAAGGGCAGCUCAUCAUCAGCUCAUCUGUGACAGUGGAUGGGAUUAUAAUCAGUCUGUGUCACAGUUCUAAGACCAAGUCAGUAGCAUUGCAGCUGGCUGAUGGCCAGAUACUUAAGUUCCUUUGGGAGUCACCUUCUUUGGCUGUUGAACCAUGGAAGAGCCUGGGUGGAUUUCCUGUUCGAUUUCCUUAUCCAUGCACACAGACUGAAUUGGCUGUGAUUGGAGGAGAGGAAUGUGUCCUUGGUCUGACUGACAGGUGUCGCUUUUUCAUCAGUGACAAUGAGGUUGCAUCAAAUAUCACAUCAUUCACAGUAUGUGAUGAGUUUUUAUUGUUGACAACCCAUUCUCAUACCUGCCAGUGUUUUUCCCUAAGGGAUACUUCAUUUAAAACAUUGCAGGCAAGUCUGUGCAGCAGUCAUGUGGCUAAUGGGGAAGUUCUGCGGAAGGUGGAGAGGGGUUCACGGAUUGUCACAGUUGUGCCUCAGGACACAAAGCUUAUAUUACAGAUGCCAAGGGGGAAUUUAGAAGUUGUUCAUCAUCGAGCCCUGGUUUUAGCUCAGAUUCGGAAGUGGUUGGACAAGCUGAUGUUUAAAGAAGCAUUUGAAUGCAUGAGAAAACUGAGAAUUAAUCUCAAUCUGAUUCAUGACCAUAACCCUAAGGUGUUUCUUGAAAAUGUGGAAACCUUCAUUAGACAGAUAGAUUCUGUAAAUCGUAUUAAUUUGUUUUUCACAGAGUUGAAGGAAGAAGAUGUCACAAAGACCAUGUACCCUCCUUCAGUUACCAGCAGCACCCAUCUGUCCGUGGAUCCUGCCGAGAAAAAACUUGACCUUAUCUGUGAUGCAAUGAGAACAGCCAUGGAGAGCAUUAACCCUCACAAGUACUGCCUAUCAAUACUCACAUCUCAUGUGAAGAAAACUACCCCAGAACUAGAAAUCGUGCUGCAGAAGGUACACGAACUUCAAGAGAAUGGUUCAUCUGUUCCUGAUGGUGUGAGUGCAGAAGAGGCCUUGAAGUAUUUGUUCCUUCUGGUAGAUGUUAAUGAAUUGUAUGAUUAUUCUCUUGGGACCUAUGACUUUGAUUUGGUCAUCAUGGUAGCUGAAAAGUCACAGAAGGAUCCCAAAGAGUAUCUUCCAUUUCUUAAUUCGCUUAAGAAAAUGGAAACUAAUUACCAGAGGUUCACUAUAGACAAAUACUUGAAACGGUAUGAAAAAGCCAUCGGCCACCUUAGCAAGUGUGGACCUGAAUACUUCCAAGAAUGCUUAAAUUUAAUAAAAGAUAAAAACUUGUAUAAGGAAGCUCUGAAGUUUUAUCCACCAAACUCACAGCAGUACAAGGCUAUCUGCCUUGCUUAUGGGGAGCACCUGACACAAGAGCACCAGCCUGAGACAGCAGGGCUUGUGUUUGCCCGUUGUGGUGCCUAUGAGGAAGCUCUCUCAGCCUUUCUGGCUUGUGCCAGCUGGCAGCAAGCCCUCUGCAUGGCAACCCAGCUUCACUUGACCAAGGACCAGCUGGGUGAUCUAAGUAGGACUCUGGCAGGAAAGCUGGUUGAGCAGAGAAAGCACAAUGAGGCAGCCAUAGUUCUGGAACAGUAUGCCCAGGAUUAUGAAGAAGCUGUGCUCUUGCUAUUAGAAGGAGCUGCCUGGGAAGAAGCUCUGAGACUGGUGUACAAAUAUAACAGACUAGAUAUUAUAGAAACCAACAUAAAGCCUUCCAUUUUAGAAGCCCAGAAAAAUUACAUGGCAUUUUUGGAUGCUCAGACUACCACAUUCAGUCUCCAUAAAAAACGCUUGCUGGUGGUUCGAGAGCUCAAGGAGCAAGCACAGCAGAUGAAUCCAGAUGAUGAAGUACCCCACAGUCAAGAGUCAGAUCUCUUCUCUGAAAGUAGCAGUGUUGGGAAUGGCAGCGAGAUGAGUGGCAAAUAUUCCCAUAGUAACUCCAGGAUAUCAGCGAGAUCUUCUAAGAAUCGCCGCAAAGCCGAGCGGAAGAAGCAUAGCCUCAAAGAAGGGAGUCCGCUGGAGGACCUGGCCCUUUUGGAGGCAUUAAAUGAAGUGGUACAAAGCAUUGAAAAAUUGAAAGAUGAAGUACAUCGUAUUUUAAAGGUACUCUUUCUCUUUGAGUUUGAUCAGCAAGGAAGGGAAUUACAGAAGACCUUUGACAGUACUUUGCAGCUAAUGGAAAGGUCACUUCCAGAAAUUUGGACUCUCACCUACCAGCAGAAUUCAGCCAUCCCUGUUCUAGGUCCCAAUUCUACUGCAAAUAGUAUCAUGGCCUCUUAUCAACAGCAGAAGACUCCAGUUCCUGUCCUUGAUGCUGAGCUUUUCGUACCACCAAAGAUCAACAGAAGAACCCAGUGGAAACUGAGCCUGCUAGAGUAACUGAUGCAGUAGAAAGGCUCCAGCAGAGACCUGCUCCCUCUUGCUCCUAGUUGUCCUUCCAUCCUUGCUUCUGGAAGCCUGGUAGUUGAGAACUGGAAAGUGUGAUGAUCGCAUUGCCUACAGCUGCUGUGUGCAACCAGCCCUCAGUAGACCCUGGGCAAUUCUAUUCUUAUUUUGGUGAACAAUCGCUAACAAAACUUUACGCUUUAGCCAAUAUGUCAUAAUUUUUAAAGAAUUAUUGUUCUUGUAUUUAGUGCUGUCUGAGAGCAUGGUUACUGUAUAUAUGAUAAUCAUAAGAUUGGGCCUUAAUUCCCAGCUACAGGUUUGAUUCCUAUUAGGACUGUGGACAAGUCACAUAACUGAUUUGUACCUCAGUUCUUGUCGAUUAAUAGGGAAUAGUGUUACAUGGCUUCUACCUCAGAAAUAUGAAGACAAGUAUAAUGAUGUUUCUAAAUUGUUUUAUAUUAAUGGAAGAGAGCAUUAUAAACAACAGGCUAUCAGUGUUAUCAAAUUUGUCAGAUAUAAUCGCUUAAUUGACUUCUUUUCACCUUAAACAAAAAAACAGAAUAAAAAGUUAAAUGUAUCACCUUGCCCAGUUUGUAUAUUUCUAGUUUUCAUUGGGCUGGGCCCCCUGUUCACUGUUACAGGGACUGUUUUAUUGCCUGUGUAUUUUCCACUACAGAGUCAGCUGUGUCAGAGCUGGGACAGAUUAGAAUUUCUGGAACACUAUCAGGCACAUUUGGUGCAGGUGAGCAGUGCAUGUUGUAUGGCAUUCAUGGUUGGAAAUUAUUCAUUAUGGUCCAGAUACUGCUUCCCUAACUGAAAUGUUUUUGUCAGUGUCUAGGCCAUUUCAUCUGUUUUCUUUCUUUCUUUCUUUUUUUAAUGGUAUUUAACUCACUUCUGUUUCAUUCAGUUUCUCGAGAAAUUUCAGUUAUUUUUUUGGAAAAAUGAGAAGGUUUUCUUUUUUUUUCUGAGUCUAAAAAAUGCCCAGUUUAUUUUGACAAGAAUUUUUUGGCUAAUCCUUUGGUAAAGUUAAAAAUUUCUCCCCUGCUUUUAAUACAGUACCAGACUUUCAUUACUGUAUGUAAAUUAAUCAGAAAUGCUGCUUUUGAUCCCCAGAGUAUAGAUCUACCUAAAAUUGUAAUUUCAGAAGACUUUUCUUAAGUAAUAUGUUAACUAUAGAAUCUGGGGGUAGUUGCUGUAUAAUUCACCUUUUCUGCAUAUGUGAAAACUUUCACAAAUAAUAGAAAAAAAUAAAAGACAAUAUAUUGUG